UUUCCCCAAACUGCCCACUACCUAAUCUAAUGUAAGGUCGGCACCCACAAUAUUAAAGGAUGUGUUUUAUCGAUGCAUGCAUAAGUUUUAUAGCUCUGAUCCAAUCUGAUGAAAUCGGUUAAGAACACUCCUACCUCUUCUGUCGUAUCGUGAAGAAGAUACGAUGUAGGUCCAGAAACAGGCAGUUAACUACGCUUUGCGCUGGCAUGGAGACUAUCAUCGAUAUCAACCAGCGCGCGGAUAUGGACUUUACCUUCUUCAGCACCGUCGUCUCGCCUCGAUAAUGGUGACACUGGGCUUAGCGCCGCUUGUCCCCACGCAAACUCGUCUGAAUGGCAGCAAGAAUCUGCUAAUUUGAUGAUCAGGAGUGGGCACCAGGGGACAGGAAAGCGUGACAUCCCAGCGAGCUGAAAGCAUCUCCUUGGCAACAGGCAAGGGCCUCUUUAAAACGUCUUCCACCCGCGACGUCUUCUCGUCUACUAGUUCCUGAGGACUUUCCCGAUGACACGGCUCGCCUUUGGUGUCUUGACAUCAAAGCCCCCCCGAGACCAUGAGACGCUCGCUGCUCUCUUUCCUGCUGCUGCCCGGGAUCCUCGCGGCCUCAGCUUCGAAGCUUGUUUUCCUUCCCAUCGCCACCCAGACUGAAGAUGGCGUGUAUGCGAAUGCGUAUCAGCCAGUUCCGACCGCCGCCCCGGAACUCUACGCGUCGACAGAGUUGUUAAAGCGCCAGGACUUCUACAUGGACCACGAUACCUGCGGAUUCGGCGCAAUCGACCCCGGGUUGACGUAUAGAUGUUACUCUAGCGUUGGGACUUGCGAAAACAUCGGCAGCUUUAGAGGCUGCUGUACGAGCGGCUUGAGCCAAUGUUCUUCUACCUUCUGGACCCAGUGUGAUGAUUACGAUCUCACAAGUCUCUGCGGCCUGAGUUCGAAAACCCGUUGCUGCCACUCUGCGCUGCCGUACUGCAUUACUUGGCUGUUCUCUACAAGCGACUCUACUGUUACCGCGCUAGAUUGCGAUACCCAAAGCAGGACCCGAGUUUUCGAGCUGUUGGCUACGCCGUUGAGCUUGCUAUCUAAUACCUCAUCAUCGACGACAAACAACGUUACCACGCCGUCUUCGACAUUGGAAAUCACAUCCCAACCCUCUACAACGGCAAAUGAUCCGGCUGUUACUUCCUCUUCGGAACCGGCGACGACUUCUCCUGAGGCCGUCGAAUCCAGCAACUCGGGGGCGCCCAUCGGGGCUAUCGUUGGGGGCGUGGUGGGCGGUAUUGCAGGAAUUGGUUUGGUAGCUCUGGGCAUCUUUUGCCUGCUGAAGAGGAAUAGGCGGGGAGGCUCUCCGUCUAGCGGAGCGUUACAAUCACCGCCACCGCCUCCUCCCGGGCCGCAGGAACUAGCCGGGUCCGGAUACGCAAGCGUUCAUGCACCUCCCCAGGCAUACCAUACUCCUAGUGCCCAAUCCAAGUAUCAUACGCCAAUGGUGGAAACCCCCUUUGUCGAGGCGCCAAAUACGCCGGCAAUUGGAACUGGCUAUAACAGGGCAGAGUUGGGUUGAUACGACAACAGGUUCUAUGGCAAGAUAUCGCCUGUACGAAUUAGCUAGCUGCCCAUAAGAAGGAAAUAGGCAAAAAUGAUGACUCUCAAAGCGGAAUGAUUGGCU